CAAGCUGUGUCUCUGCAGUCUUCCGUGUGAAUGCCUUGUUGCACACACCAAUUCUUUGAACCCUUGGUGUGUUUUUUUAUGCUCAGUGAGCGAAUUUGUGUAAGCGAAAACUUUGAAGCAAACAUCAAAAAACGCUAAUUUGCGAACAAAAACCCCUUCGUUACCUGAACUGAAGCACAAUAAACAAUUUUUUUCUGGGCGGUUUUUAACAAAGAUCGGAUUAAGUUGGUGUUUACCAAGGCAAACCCGGCACAUUUUAUCAAUUAUGUGCAUUUUUAGUGUCCAAAAUUAAUUAAUAAACUUUUUCAGUAAAAAAGUGCGGUUACGUUCUUGUUUUUUUGACAUUACUCUUUGAGGUUAUGUAACAUUGCAAAAAGGGCUGCAAAAACUGUUGUAGAUUCGUUUUAAUUGCUUAAUUUGUAAGUAAAACAUCCAAAAUGAUGCGAUAUAGUGAAGAGAACGAAAGAUUGGCUGAUCAGUCGGCGUGUGCCGGCGUUAGGGCUGAUCUGAAAAUGUGCCUCCUGGAGAGCGAUUGUUGCAAAAUUCAUAGGAAGACGCCUCGGGAAUGUUUAAGGUCGAACGAUGUCCCUACUGAAUGUUUGGCGUUAAGGAAUACAUUUUUUGAAUGCAAAAGAUCAAUGCUAGACAAUCGACAAAGAUUUCGAGGACGGAAAGGGUAUUAAUGAAGGUAACAAAUAAAGUAGUUGUUGAAUAUCUCUUGAGCAUUGCGUAUAUUUAAAUAAAUCUCUCUCUUAUA